AUGACAAAUAAUCAAGAUGAUAUUAAUAUGAAUUUUAUACAUGAUUAUUGUCAACAAAUGACUAAACAAUUACUUGAACUUGCUCAAACAUUUGCAAGAAAAUCUCGACGACCACCAACAAAAUUAACAUGUGAUGAUUUGAUUAAUGCUUUUGAAUGUAUGAAUAUAUUACAUAAACAAAAAACAGUUCGAAAUGAAGAACAUUUUUUAAGAAAUUCUUUUGAUCAAAUGUUUGAAAUUGAAUAUAAGUAG